GCCAUCUUGAAAGACACUAUUUGUACCAUUAAACACGUUAAAUCUCCAAUUUGGCGCUAUGUUGUACCUGGAGGAUUAUCUCGAGAUGAUCGAGCAGCUUCCCAUGGACCUUCGCGACAGGUUUACGGAAAUGCGAGAGAUGGACCUACAGGUCCAAAGUACGUGCAGCACGACGGCAGUCAACCACUGCUACUACACUCCAACACAAUCACACUGAAACUAUUGAAAUGCUUGCCUUUCUACGCACUAGCAAGUUAGCACAUUGAGUCACCAGCCAACCGAACUUGACAUCACACGCAAACACCUGCAGCUAUGGUGCCUCCUCUCAAUGCAUCCUGCAGGGAAAGUCCAACUGGUCUUGUUCAACACGUCAGCCUCAGCAUUGAUAAGAUUAUGGAUCUUUCGGUCAUUGGCGUGUGUGAUUGGAUGUGUGGGACACAUGAAAUGUUUUCAAACAUUUGCAGAUGCGACUGACCAGCUGGAGCAGAAAGUGGUGGACUUCUUCGUCAACGCCAAGAAGAACAAGCCCGAGUGGCGAGAAGAGCAGAUGGAGGUCAUUAAAAAGGAUUAUUAUAAAGCCCUGGAAGACGCUGAUGAGAAAGUCCAGCUGGCCAAUCAGAUUUAUGAUCUGGUGGACCGGCACUUGCGCAAACUGGACCAAGAACUGGCCAAGUUCAAGAUGGAGCUGGAGGCGGACAAUGCCGGCAUCACAGAGAUCUUGGAAAGACGCUCUUUGGAGAUGGACAGUCCGUCCCAGCCCGUCAACAACCACCACGUCCACUCGCACGUCGCCGCCGAAAAGAGGAAGUACAGUGCCUCCACACACCACACGACGGAACACGUCCCCGAGAAGAAGUUCAAGUCGGAAGCGCUGCUGUCCACGCUGACGUCGGACGCCUCCAAAGAGAACACGCCAGGUUGCCGCAGCAACAGCAUGUCGUCCUCCGCUAACAACAUCUACAGCGUCAACUCUUCCCAACCUUUGACCUCUUACAGCCUCAGCUCGUUGCCUGCCGGCCCGGGGGCGGGGGCCGGCGCCAUCACCAUGGCGGCCGCUCAGGCCGUGCAGGCCACCGCGCAGAUGAAGGAGGGUCGCAGGACGUCCAGCCUGAAGGCGAGCUACGAGGCCAUCAAGAACAACGACUUCCAGCUCACUCGAGACUUCUCCUUGUCGCGUGACAACUCGCCAUACCCGUCUUCCGCCUUGGCAUCCACGCUCACGCAGACGCUCGCCCCCACCGCCGCCGUCACCUGUGACACUCGAGGCCGCAAGUCCAAAAGCGGCGUGAAGUCUUCCAACCAUCAGUCGUCGUCAUCGUCGUCAUCGUCCUCGCUGUCGUCCUGCUCGUCCUCGUCGGCGUUGGCUCAGGAACUUUCCCAGCAGGCGUCGGUGCUGCCCGAGACCGAGGCCAACAGCCAAGUGGACUGGACCUACGACCCCAACGAGCCGCGCUACUGCAUCUGUAACCAGGUGUCGUAUGGCGAAAUGGUCGGAUGCGACAACACGGACUGUCCCAUCGAGUGGUUCCACUACGGCUGUGUGGGUCUGAGCGAGGCGCCCAAAGGGAAGUGGUUCUGCCCCCAGUGCACGGCCGCCAUGAAGCGCAGAGGAAGCCGCCACAAGUAGACACCGAAGGAAAUAAAGUCCAUCUUUUUAACAGAAUAAAAAUCUUCUUUGUAU